AGAAGUUUGUUAGAGUUCAGUCUGCUUAAGAAUAGAGCAAGGAAACGCGCUACGACCACUUGAGCUAUUUGGAUUUCCUGAUAUUUUCCAGAGAUUCUUCUUUGUUCACUUUGUGGAGUGUUGCUGUUAUAGAAAUGGAUUUAAUCAGGAGAAACAUUCUAUUAAUUCUUCAGAUAAUUUUGAGUUCCAAUAUUUAUUACUCAAAUACUUUUAACAUUGGACUGUCAGGUGCAAGAGUAUUUUCUGGAGCAAGAUCUGAACAGUUUGGGUAUGCUGUGCAACAAUUCAAAGAUUCUAGUGGGAAAUGGAUAUUGGUUGGAUCCCCAUGGAGUGGAGGACAGAACAGGAUGGGUGAUAUUUAUAAGUGUCCUUUGUCUGGAUCCAGAACAAACUGUGACAGACUAAACUUACAGGAUCAAGUAUCAAUCCCAGUAGUUACAGAAAUAAAAACCAACAUGAGCCUUGGACUCACUCUUGCUCGAAAGGAAAAAACAGGGAAAUUAUUGACAUGCGGCCCACUGUGGGCUCAACAGUGUGGAAGUCAGUACUUUGCCCCUGGAAUCUGCUCUUAUUUAGAUCCCAACUUCAAGCCUCAGAGCUUCUCUCCUGCACUUCAGCAGUGUGGAGGUCCAAUGGAUAUAGCAAUUGUUUUAGAUGGGUCCAACAGCAUUUGGCCUUGGCCUCCUAUCCAGAAUUUUCUUAAGAACCUAAUACAGAACUUAAACAUUGGUCCAAAUGAUGCCCAGGUGAGCAUUAUACAAUAUGCAGUCAACCCAUCUUUUGAAUUCAAAUUGAAUCAAUACAAGUCCAAAAAAGAGAUGAUUGAUGCUGCCUCAAAAAUAGACCAGAAACUUGGAGACCAAACAAAUACAUUUAAAGCAAUAGAGUUUGCAAGGUCACAAGCUUUUUUGCCUGGAAAUGGUGGACGUCAAGGGGCUGCAAAAGUGAUGGUGGUUGUGACAGAUGGAGAAUCCCAUGACAAGUUUUAUCGAGAUGAAUACAUUGGGAAAUGUGAGAGAGACAAAAUCACCCGGUUUGGAAUUGCUGUCUUAGGAUAUUAUUUAAGAAAUGACAUUGACACCAAAAAUCUUAUUGAUGAAAUCAAGUCUAUUGCCAGUACCCCAACAGAGAGGUACUUUUUCAAUGUGUCAGCUGAAGAAGCCCUCUUAGAAAUUGCAGGGACCCUUGGAGAACGAAUCUUUAAUAUAGAAGGAACUGGAAAGGCUGGCGAAAAUUUUCAAAUGGAAAUGUCACAAGUUGGAUUUAGUGCUCACUAUUCCAACAAAGAGGAUGUCAUGAUGUUAGGUGCUGUAGGAGCCUAUGCAUGGAGUGGAACUGUUGUUCAUCAAACUGCCCAGAAAUCUGACAUUUUUCCCCGGCAAGCAUUUGAGAAAAUCCUUGAAGACAGAAACCACAGCUCUUUGCUUGGCUAUUCAGUGACCACACUGACUGAUGGCAAUGCUGAGUACUAUGUUGCUGGAGCUCCUCGUUCCAAUCACACUGGUCAAGUGGUUGUUUACAACAUAGACAGUCAGCACCAGCCUAAAGUUAUAGACUCACAAAGAGGAGAACAGAUUGGUUCCUAUUUUGGUAGCGUCCUGUGCUCAGUGGACGUCAACAGGGACUCCAGAACAGAUGUGCUGUUGGUUGGUGCUCCCAUGUAUAUGAGUGAUUUGAAAAAAGAAAAGGGAAAGGUGUAUGUCUUCUCUGUUACAAAGGGCAUUUUAAGCCAGCAAGGCUUCCUGCAAGGACCAUCAAGCUUUGAGAAUGCUCGCUUUGGUAUGGCCAUUACUGCUGUUCCUGACCUGAACCUAGAUGGAUUCAAUGAUGUUAUAGUGGGGGCUCCAUUAGAAGAUGAUAACAGGGGCGUCAUUUACAUAUACAAUGGAGACCAAAUAACCAUACGGAAACAGGCUUCACAGAAAAUAUUAGGAUCUGAACUAGAUCCAAAGUUGCAGUACUUUGGAAGGUCUCUUGAUGCUUAUGGAGAUUUGAACGAGGACACAAUCCCAGAUGUGUCUGUUGGAGCUUAUGGGAAUGUGAUUCAGCUCUGGUCACGAAGACUAGCCACAGUAAAUGUAAACACAACUUUCACACCUGAUAAAAUCAGCAUUCUUGACAAGAACUGUGACAUAAAUGGGAGAAAACUCUUCUGUUUCGACACCAGAGUGUGCUUCAGGGCUUUGUUUAGUCCCAAAACACCCAUUGGUCCUGUAGCCAUACAGUACAACUUAACACUUGAUGCAGAUCUCCAGUCUACUCGAGUGAGUUCAAGAGGUUUGUUCCUCAAAAACAAUGAACGGCUUUGGCAGAAAAAUGUUCACAUUCAGAGUGAAGACAUUUGUGAAAAAUAUACAGUAUAUGUUCAGGAGGCUCCUGACGUUAUGAAACCCAUUGGUGUCCGAGUUGACAUUGCUCUUCAGAAUCCAAAUGGCAACCCCGUGCUCAAUGUAUAUGCACCCAGUGCCUGGGAGUUCUCUAUUCCCUUUUCAAUGGAUUGUGGAGUCGAUGAAUUGUGUUUAUCAGACCUCACACUGAAUGUGAGAAAGAAAGAUAUGGGCCAAAGCACUUCACCACUGCUUGUGAGCUCCAAGAACAGACGGAUCUCUUUUGCAGUGGAAGUGGAAAAUAAGAAGGAAAAUGCAUACAAUGCAAAGAUCACUGCCACUUACUCCAAAAACUUGUUCUUCUCUUCGACUGAUGGCUCUGGGGUAAAAUGCACAUUGGAGACAACAGAAACUGUAUCUUGUCAGGUUGGAUACCCUGCACUUCUGAAAGGAGAAAAAGUGUCAUUUGAGAUCACUUUUGAUUUCAACUUCGAUCAACUGCAGAAUGUGGCUUAUGUGAACUUUGUGGCUCUAAGUGACAGUGAUGAAGUCAAUCCUACCGAUAAUGCAAUGAAUAUCUCCUUUCCUCUUCAGUAUGACUCUGAAAUUAUUUUGACUAGAGAUACCAAUAUAAAUUUCUAUGUAAUUAACCAGGAUAGCCUAAUACAAACUGCAGUGAACAGUUUUGAUGAUAUCGGUCCAGAAUUCAGCUUCACACUAAAGGUGUCCACUGUGAAUUUUCCGAUCAGCAUGGCCUACCUCACAGUUUCUCUGCCAGUGUCAACUAAAGCAAACAAUCCACUGUUGUACUUAACAGGAGUCAGCACUGGAACGGGCAAUGAUUUGAGCUGCCAGACAAGUGGUUUGGUGAACUCACUGAAAAUAACAGAGAAGCCCUAUACUGCUUCUUUCUCAAAGGAGAGCUUCAGAGGAACAGAGGAGCUGGAUUGCAAUAGUGCAAAAUGUGUGUUCCUGAAAUGUUUUAUUAAAGAUCUAAAACGAACAAGCCACUACUUUCUGAAUAUUACAACAAGGAUUUGGAACGGCACAUUUGCCUCUUCAACAUUCCAGUCUAUGAAGCUUACCGUAAGUGCAGAAAUAGAAACCUCACAGCCAGAAUUAUUGAUCAUCAAUCAGAAAAGACUACCGAUACAAGUUACCAUCAGUAAACCAGGUGAAAAAGGAGAAGUUCCAGUAGGAGUGAUAGUUGGCAGUAUAAUUGGAGGGCUGCUCCUGCUAGCUGCCAUAGUUUUCAUCUUGUGGAAGCUUGGCUUCUUCAAAAGUAAGUAUGAGCAGCUGAUGAAGGAUGCUGAAGAUGCAGAGAAUGAGGAACUUCAGGGGAAUGCAUCAUGAGUGUACUGUAGGUUUACAGGAUAAUUAGAUGAACAACAAUGAAAGCUAGCUUAAUUCUUACUGUUUCUUUUAAUGUGGUCAAAAGGGAGUUUUAUGUACAGAUGCAGCCAUUCAAAAUGUGCAGUGCCGUCGU